AUGCACCUGACGUUGUACCAGACCGCGCAGCGGCUGUACGCCGUGCGUCAGACUGUGGGGCGGGAGGGCCAGGAGGAGUUCCGCGUGCUCAAGCUGGAUCGAACCUCUCCCACCCUGGACGCCUGCGAGGACCCCACUCCCUACACCAAACCCCAGAUCCAACGCCUGCUGGCCGCCAUCCACGCAGGCAACCGGCACAUCGGCGGGCUGCAGCUGGUGUGCGAUGCGAGCGCGAUUGUGGGCGUGGUGCAGCUGCUGGAGGGGCCCUACCUCCUGCUGGUCACCAGGCGGCGCUACCUGGGCGCCAUCUGCGGCCACAAGGUGUAUGGCAUCGACGCCACCGCGCUGCUGCCCAUCCUGUGCCCCGCCACGCACCGCGCCGCGUAUGGCACGCAGCACGCGUCCACCGCGGAGCAGCGCUACCGCAAGCUGCUGGCCGGGGUGCAGCUCACCAAGGACUUCUUCUUCUCCUACUCCUGGCCCGUCCACCAAACCGCGCAGCGCACCUUUGCGCAGCCGCCCGCGGAGGAGUGGGACGAGGCGGCGGCGGCGGAGGCCUUUGAGGCCAAGUCUGUGUGGAACGAGUUCCUGAGCCGCCCGCUGCGGGAGGCGCUGGGCGACUCGGCCGCACGCUGGGUGGUGCCCCUGGCCCACGGCUUCUUCCAGCAGCGCCCGCUGGCCCUGCUGGGCCGCACGCUGCACCUCACGCUGGUGGCGCGCCGCUCGCGACAGUUUGCGGGCACGCGGUACCUGAAGCGCGGCGUCACUGAUGCCGGGUACUGCGCCAACGAUGUGGAGGUGGAGCAGAUGGUGGAGGCGGGGGUGGACUGGAAGAGCGGGCAGCCGCUGGUCAGCAGCAUGGUGCAGGUGCGCGGCUCCAUCCCGCUGCACUGGGCCCAGCAGCCCGACAGCAGCAUCAUGAAGCCCGAGAUCCUGCUGCACCGCUUCGACCCGCUGUACGCCGCCACGCGCCGCCACUUCGACCAGCUCAGGGAGCAGUAUGGCGAGCCGGUGUGCGUGCUGGACCUGGUGAAGCGCGUGGAGCGGCGGCCGCGGGAGAGCGUGCUGGGGCGCGAGUACGCCACAGCCAUCAGGUUCCUGAACCAGCGGCUGGCUCCCGGGCAGCAACGGGUGCAGUACCAGGCGUUUGACCUCUCCCACCGCGCCCGCAUCGCCAAGACGCACCUGCUGUCCGACCUACAGCGGCUGCAGGAGCCGGUGCUGGCGGCCACCGGCAUCUUCGUCAGCGUCAACGCUGGCGGCGGCGGCGGCCGCGGCGGCGGCGGCUCCUCCGCCGUGGGCCCUGCGCGCGAGCAGCGCGGCGUGCUGCGCACCAACUGCAUCGACAGCCUGGACCGCACCAACGUGGGGCAGUUCACGCACGGCAUGCUGGCGCUGGGCCAGCAGCUGCACGCGCUGGGCAUCUCAGAGACGGCGUGGCUGGACCCCAACAGCAGCCUGGCGCGGCACCUCAUGGAUGCGUACGAGGCGAUGGGCCACACCCUGGCCCUGCAGUACGGCGGCAGCGAGGCGCACUCCACCUUCUUCCAGCGCCAGCGCGGCGACUGGGAGGCCGCCACGCAGUCGCGCGACCUGCUCACCACGGUGCGCCGCUUCUACAGCAACGCGUACACCGAUGCCGAGAAGCAGGAUGGGGUCAACCUGUUCCUGGGGGUGUUCCAGCCCGCCCCGGGCAAGCCGCACCUGUGGGAGCUGGGCGGGGACUCGUAUCUGCACACGGGUGAGCGGCGGGCGAGCAGGUGGAGGAGCGGGGGUGGUGGUGGUUGUGAUGGCUGUGAUGGUGGAAAGGUGCAUGCGUGGGUUGGGGGAGACAAGUUCAGAACCAGCAGCGAGAUCUUGGUGCCGCGGGCCCGCUUGUUGUGCUGCUCUCGUGCACGCCGGCAGAGCUGGUGA